CCCUGCUGGUUGUCAUAGUGACGGCCGAAGAGUCGCUCGCUUUUCCAUCGGCAAAAGAAAAAUACAAUGCCUCGUCCCAGUGACAGCCUUUGGGACAUAGCUAUAGGAGAAGUUCAGAGAAAGGAAAAUGGUGGAAAUGAAGAUGAUUCAGAAGGAGCAGGACAGUCGGAGCGAUCUGUGUUCUUCAUGGGAAACAAAAAUGGGGGAAAGACAACUAUUAUUCUGCGAUGUCUUGACAGGGAUGAAGUACCCAAGCCGACCUUGGCACUAGAAUAUACGUUUGGAAGGAGAGCGAAAGGACACAACACACCCAAAGAUAUUGCUCACUUUUGGGAGCUGGGUGGAGGAACAUCAUUACUGGAUUUAAUCCGCAUACCAAUAACAAGUGAAAGUAUAAGGUCAUUCUCUGUAGUUCUUGUUCUCGACCUUUCAAAACCAGAUGAGUUAUGGUCAUCAAUGGAGAGUCUUCUACAUAGCACCAGGAAUCAUGUGAAUAAAGUCAUAGCAGAUAUUGGAAAAACAAAUUCCAAACUUGCCAAUCAAAUAAAACAGGACGUGUGGAAAAGUAUGCCAAAGGAACAUCCAGACAGAGAAUUAAUUGAUCCAUUUCCAAUACCCUUAUUAAUUACCGGGAGCAAAUAUGACAUUUUUCAGGAGUUUGAAUCUGAAAAGAGAAAAGUAGUUUGCAAGACACUUCGAUUUGUGUCACAUUACUACGGAGCUUCAUUGAUGUUUACAAGCAAAUCUGAGACGGUCAAAGCAGUAACUCGGUCAUUUAUAAAUCAUUUGGCAUUUGGACUGGACAAAAGCAAAUCUGUGUCAGUGGAUCAUAAUAAACCGCUUCUCAUUCCAGCAGGGUCCGAUUCGUUAAGCCAGAUUGGUUCUCCUCCAGCCUCCAGUAGUGACCUACGACAGUUUAGUGGAAGCACACCCAUGGAAUUAUGGAAGAAUGUAUACAAAAGAUUCUUUCCUCCACAGAGUGUAAACGACAAGAAAGAUGUGAAGGACCCUGCCAAAGAUCCACAGUAUGCAGAAAGUGAAAUUGACUCGAUGCGGGCUCAAAAAGACCAGGAGCUGGAACAAUAUAAAAGAAAUGCUGAUAAAUCCUGGAAAUCAAUGGGGCUUGAUUCUAGAAUACGAUGAGUGGACUUUGGCCUUUGCAUAUAUCUUCAUAAAUUAAAAAAAAUACAAAAAACUGUGGAAAUUAUUUCUCUUCAUGGCUGUAUGAAAUGAAUGUGGAAAAUAGUUAUUACUUUUUAACAGUUUCAAUGGAUGCUUUGGUGGAUGUGGUAUAGAUUGCACAUACAAGCUAUUGCUAUUAAUCUGAAAUGGGACAUAAGUUAUUUAAUAAAAGGUAAAAUAAAUGCUAAAAAAAUGUGAAUUUUUUGUACGUUUUAACAAGCAACACAAAACAUACUCUUUUAAAUAAUUAAAGAGACACUCCAAGUUUGUAUUACAUUCCUAUUCCAUGCAUUAUGGAGGUAAUGCAUUAAGAAAAUAAAUAAAACCAAUUCUCAUAUCUAACCUCUACUAUUUUGCUGCAAAUAUACAGCUUCUCCAAAGACCAGUGAAGGAGCUUAAUAUUCUACGUCUGUAAUGCCCUAUUCGUUUUUCAAUGGCGCACUGAGCAUAUCCCAUUUACGGGAAAAUGUAUAAAUGUAGCCACUAUGAAAGCUAUUAGAUGCUGUGUGCACUGCUUUAAUUAACAUUUAGAAUAGUCCCAUUCAUGUUUUUUGCAAAAUAGGCUCUCUUAUGGAAAUGUAUGAGAGACCCAGUGCACGUUAUUAAAGCAUCUCUGUGACAUUGCAUAUGAAAAUUAUAUGUUUAACUAUUGUUGCAUUGCAAACUGAUAAGCUGGGCUAUUAAUCUAGCAACUGGCAUAAUUGUAGUUCUUCGAAUUAUUUAACACCUGUACAGUAUAUUUGAUCUCAAUUUGAAAGACCAAAAUAGAGUAUUUAAAUGAUGUAUGCAUUUUGAAGGUGAAUAUUACAUUUAUGCUUUAAUCCCCCACGGAAGAGAUUUGAAUAUCAGAAUAACCUCAAUGAUGGAUUCUAGUGUACCUUUUAAAGUGCUUCUCUUAUCUCACUCUGAACCAGAA